AUGUCGGGAUUUGAAAUUGUUGGUAUAAUUGCAGGCGCCAGCCAACUUGUUGACCUUGGGACCCGCUUAUCAUGCAAGCUCGUUCGCUGCUAUUUGGGGGCUAAAUCCUCAGAUACCUAUCUUCAGCAUCUUGCAAAUGACGUCGCUUUAACAUCUAGUAUACUCGCCGACUUGAAAGAAAAUUUCGGAGACAGCGAACAUGCUCAACUAUAUUCCCCCAUGGCACUCAAGGCAGCAGAAGAGACUGUUGCUGAGUGUACAGCUGUAUUUAAAGAAAUUGAGAGAAAAAGUGACCACGCGGGUUUGAAACACAAAAUGACCCGGUGGCAGAGAGCAAAAAGAGGAUUCAGCAUCAUGAGACAAGAGUCGGAUUUGAGUGCCCUCGGUAACAGGCUACAUGACCUGAAGUUAAAUAUGAUCCUCUUAGUUCAGACGUCCAUAUCUGCCGCACAACACAGACGAGCUGUGCUAGACGAAAUGGAAAGCAGCAAGGCAGGAUUCAACUCCCCGGGUUUAAAUCUUCAAUCAUCGCAAGCUGGUAGAUCGGCCGAGGCCUCGGGGUUAAAGGGCCGUUUACCGUUCAAGCUUCGAAGCUACUAUGACUUGAUGAAAGGUAUAUUGGAAGCUAUCGACAGCGCAAGGGAUUUACGGGACCGAGCCCGUCAACACCGGCUGCGUAAUGGAGUUUUGAAAAUCCAUGCUAUUGAAGCCAAAUUGUUUCGGCAGAAGUAUGGAAUCUGGACCAGGAAAGUUUUUGCCGGUCAUCUUUUCCAAAGGAAACGAAAGCGGAUGGGGACAAAGUGUCUAAGGGCUGUCAGAGUGGUUCAUCAUCUUGAUGCAAUUGGACCUAUUGAGGCGCGCGACAGUACUUACAGCUCAGAUAUAGAGGAACCUCCCGAAACAGCGGAUAUAGCUUUGAGUGGAGUGGAACGCUUACUACUAGAGUGGACAACAUUGACAUUGGAGGAAAUACAGCAGAAACAGAGCUUGGAUUAG